GUUCGCCAUGUGCAACUUGUCAAGGGACUCCUGCGUUGUGCGUGUGUGCAGGGUUCAUGUCAAGCAAUCGUUUGUAUUUUCAUUUGCACUCGCAGGAAUGAGUUGCAAUUCAGUGUAUUAAUAUAGGGAAUACUUACUAGUGGCGGUCACUUGUUUUGUGUUUCGGUGGCGUGUUUCGAAGCUCACACCUACACCGUGUUUCCCACGUGGCUGCGGCAGCUACAAUGGAUGAUGACCAGAAAGCCAAAGCUCACCGAGCUCGCCACAGUGGUCGCAAAGCUGACAAAAAAGAGAAGAAGAAUGAACAUGUUCAGGAACUGACGGCAAAGCAGCGAAACCCGAAGGCCUUCUCUGUCCAAUCUGUGCAGAAGGCAGAGAAAAAAUUCAGAAGGGCUAAGGACUUACAAGAGAAGCGACACCACGUCCCCCUUGUCGAUCGCACCCCAGUUGAGCCACCACCAUACAUUGUGGCUGUUGUUGGGCCUCCAAAAGUUGGCAAAACAACCCUUUUGCAGUGCCUCAUUAAGAACUUCACAAGGCAGUUUGUGAGCACUAUAACUGGACCAAUCACUAUUGUGUCUGGAAAAAAGCGCAGGCUGACACUUCUAGAGUGCAACAAUGAUAUUAACUGCAUGAUAGAUGUGGCGAAAGUAGCUGAUUUGGUGUUGCUUGUUGUGGAUGCCAGCUAUGGCUUUGAAAUGGAGACCUUUGAAUUUUUGAACAUUUGUCAAGUUCAUGGUUUCCCUAGAAUCAUGGGUGUGCUCACGCACUUGGACAUGAUAAAGAAUGCCAAGACUCUGCGUCACACCAAAAAGCAAAUGAAGCAUCGAUUCUGGACUGAAAUAUAUCAGGGUGCGAAACUAUUCUACUUGUCAGGUCUCAUCAGAGGGGAAUACUUGAAGAAUGAGAUACACAACCUCGGGAGAUUUAUCUCAGUCAUGAAGUUUAGGCCACUUCAGUGGCGGACAUCUCACCCAUACCUGCUGGUGGACCGAAUGGAAGAUGUGACUGAUCCAGAGUCAGUUCGUACGUCUCCAAAAUGUGAUCGAAACAUCUGCGUCUAUGGAUAUGCACGAGGAGCAAGCUUCAAGAGCAAGACCAACAUACACAUUCCUGGUUGUGGUGACUUCAACAUUCAUGACAUUAGCCUGCUUCCUGACCCGUGCCCGCUACCUGACAAGGAAAAGCGCCGCUCUCUCAAUGAGAAGGAGCGUCUCCUCUAUGCUCCUAUGGCUGGAGUUGGAGGUGUUGUGUUCGACAAGGAUGCUGUCUACAUAGACUUGCGUGGCAGCCACUCCCACAAGGAAGGACGAGGGGAGGAUGGGAGACAAGUCGACCAGAUGUUGCAGUCAAUGAUGAAGACUAAACAAACAAUCGAUGCCAAGAUGCAGACAAGCAAAUUCGCAUUGUUUUCUGAUGGCACUGUUCUCUCUCCUGAUGAUGUUGAAAGCAGUGCUACUGUCCAGGAUUCAGAAUCAAGGUCUCGAAGACCAGCAUUUGCACCCAUAUCGGAAGAUGGUGCCAACAGUGGAUCAGACGAAGAGUCUGAUGAAGAUAUGUCAGCUGAAGAAAGUGAUGUGGAAGAGAGUGAAGAGGAGGGGCAGAAUGGGUGUGCAGCAGCAGGCGAGGCUACGUCAGACGAAGAUGACGAUGGAGUUGACUUGGAACAUGAUGAGAACCUGGAAGACUCUGGUGAUGAUGGUAGUGGGGAUGAUGAUGAAGAAGAUAGGUACAAAUGGAAGAAAAACAUGAAGGAGAAAGCAGCAGAAGCCUUUCGUGCUCGAUCCCAGAAGCAGCGGAACCUACAGUUUCUUAUCUAUGGAAAUGAGGAUGACUACAAAGAAGAAGAGAAAGAAGAAACCGAAAACACUGCAGAUUUUUUGGGCGAGCUUUUCCGGAAAGUGAAAAAGCAGGAAAAUACACAAGCGGAGAAACGUUCUUGGGAUGGUGUGGAGAGCACCCGGUGUAUUUUAACAGAGACUGAUGCGCUCAUCAAAGAUGAUGAGAUUUCGGAUCUGAUAAAAGACUGCUUCAUCACCGGUAAAUGGGGUGAUGAAGAGGAUGCCAAGGCUUUGUUGGAAAAAGAUGAGGAACUCUAUGGUGACUUCGAAGAUCUAGAAGCAAAAGAAAAGGAAGACCAAGAACAAGUGGAGCCUGUGGUUGUGGAACAAAGUGGAGAAGAGUCAAGUGGCAGAAGUAAGAAGCUCAGUCGAGAAGAACGUGAGGCACAGAUAGAGGCCAAGCGACAGGAGCGCAAGCGAAAGCUUAAGGAGGCCUUUGACAAUGAAUAUGACCAUGAUGAUGAAAAAACCCAUUUUGAUGAGCUCAAGAAAGAAUUCAGCGAGCAGGCACAGCUGAACCAAAAAGAGUUCGAAGACAUGGAGGAUGAGCGGAGGGUUCAGUUUGAGGGCUUUCGUGCUGGCCUGUACCUUCGUGUGGAGCUGCUGCAGAUGCCCUGUGAACUGGUGGAGCACUUUAAUGCCUCGUACCCCAUGAUCCUCGGUGGCCUUAGUGUUGGAGAGGGUCGGACGGGCUACUGUCAGGUUCGCAUGAAGAAGCAUCGUUGGUACAAGCGGAUCCUCAAGAGCAGCGACCCACUCAUUCUCUCACUUGGGUGGCGACGUUUCCAGACCAUGCCAGUAUUUUCUACACAGGAUCACAAUGGUCGCAACCGCUUUUUAAAGUAUACGCCCAAGCAUCUUCAUUGCAACGCUACCUUUUGGGGACCUAUCACACCACAGGGAACAGGAUUUGUGGCAGUGCAGCAAGUUCAUGAACAAACGGCAAGCUUCAGGAUUGCUGCCACAGGGGUGAUCCUCGACCUAGAUCGCUCAACACAGAUUGUUAAGAAGCUUAAAUUGACUGGAAAUCCUUUCAAGAUCUAUAAGAAGACUGCCUUUGUCAAGAACAUGUUCACUUCUGCACUUGAAGUAACCAAGUUUGAAGGUGCUGCGCUGCGAACUGUCAGUGGUAUAAGGGGACAGAUAAAGAAAGCACUUGGGAACCCACCUGGUGCUUUUCGGGCGACCUUUGAAGACAAAAUCCUGCUCAGUGACCUAGUGUUUCUUCGGGCAUGGACUGAAGUGCCAGUGCAGCGCUUCUACAUGACAUUGACUACAUUGCUGGCACCUGAUGAAGAGAAAACGAAAUGGCAAGGCAUGAAGACAGUUGGACAAUUGAGAGCUGAACGGGGUCUGCAUGCGCCUGUGUUGCAAGACUCUCUGUACAAGGCUCCUGAACGUAAAGCAUUCCACUUCAAGCCUUUUGUGAUCCCAAGGGAGCUGCAAAAGAACCUUCCCUACAAGGACAAGCCAAAGGUGAAGUCUGUGACAGAGGGAGGCAAUGCUCUUGAACGUGUGGCGGUUGUUCUGGAAGAAUCGGAAAAAGAGAAGCUUAAGUUAAUGCAAAUGAUGAAGACUGUGCACAAAGAGAAGCUGCGGAAGAUGAAAGACAAGGUAAUUCAACGGGUACGACAGCAUCGUGCUGAAUGUCGGAAGAGCGAAAUGAAGCAGCUUAAGCGGCAGAAGGAGCUCAAGAAAAGGAUCUGCAAGGCUCUGAGCAGAGGAAAGAAGCCACAAGCAAAGACAUGAAGAGCCACAACAUUCUAGUUCUCUUUAAUUUGUACAUAAGGUUAGAAUAAAGGAAUGUACAUACAAGGCACAAUA